CGCUAUAGUGUGAGUAGUAUUAUUAUUCAGCCGUACCUGUUGUUUAGGCUCCGGGGAAUCUAUCUAUCUAUCUAUCGCACGUCCUGUCACACCGACGGCGGCGGCGGCCCGAUAACACGACAUUCAUGUAAAUCGUCGUUGUAACGCAUAACAAUAAUAUUAAUAUCGUAUUGUCAUUAAAGUCAUUAUAGCUAUUUCUUUUCCGGUGUUAUACCACCUCCCGUCAACCGCGCGGCCGUACCUACCACUUCCAUCCACACUUGCGUCCGCGCACCGCACACACUCGCCCGGUGGUCGACGGGAAUUUCUAGUCGAUUCCAAUAAUAGUCUUCGCUCCGCUCGUGAUAAACCGUUUAUCACGGUAAUAACGAAUUUCACAUCCGUCGUCUACGACACGUCCCGAUCCGCGCGGUCUUGGCGUCGUACCCGUACAAUGUCUGGUCGCGGUACGCCCGACGACGACGACGACGACAAUAACAACAGCAACAGCAGUUACGCAUCGAUCGACGUGCUGUCGCGCGCGUAUCCUUCCGCACGAUAAAACACUCGCCGUGCGUGUCGCCUCGACGUUGAACUUCCACGUCCCGCACGAAUCGAAUUCGCGGACGCCGCAGCUUUGUCCACAGUGCACCCGACGACGUACUCCAGUGCGAUAUUAUGCCACUCGCUGGACUCGGAGAUUCGGUCGAUCCUUGGAAACGAGUGUCGCUGCAAACCGAAUCCAACAAUCUAGUUAACACCAACGCCAUGGUUGUAGGUACAUCUAAGUCAAAACCAAUACCAUUUAAUCAAUCUAACCCCUCAAGUCUACAUGAUGCUAUAAGUAUAGGACCAGAUAAAGAUGACGAGAUCAUUGAUGAAUUAGAUGAUGAUCAAGAUGAAAAUCAAAAUGAUUCUGAUGAGAACAGUGGUCACGAAAUUGAACUAAAAGAACUCAUAAAAGAGGGACAUGAAAGAGCUGAACGAUCUCAGUUUGAAUUGUUAAAAGUUCUCGGACAAGGAUCAUUCGGAAAAGUAUUUUUGGUUCGAAAAAUUGUUGGACCAGAUAAUGGCACACUUUAUGCAAUGAAAGUAUUAAAAAAAGCAACUCUAAAAGUGAGAGAUAGAAUAAGAACAAAAAUGGAGCGUAAUAUAUUAGUUGAUGUCCGACAUCCAUUCAUUGUGCGGUUACACUAUGCAUUUCAGACUGAAGGCAAACUUUACCUAAUUUUAGAUUUUUUACGUGGUGGAGAUCUUUUUACAAGGCUUUCUAAAGAGGUUAUGUUUACUGAAGAAGAUGUUAAGUUUUAUUUAGCAGAAUUAGCAUUAGCUCUUGAUCAUAUACAUAGCCUAGGAAUUAUCUACAGAGAUUUAAAACCUGAAAACAUAUUGUUAGAUGCUGAUGGUCAUAUAUCCUUGACAGAUUUUGGUUUAAGCAAGUUACCUUUAGAUGAUCAAAAAGCGUAUUCAUUUUGUGGAACUGUUGAAUAUAUGGCCCCUGAAGUAGUAAAUCGCAAAGGUCAUUCAUUUGUAGCAGACUGGUGGUCAUUUGGAGUUUUAAUGUAUGAAAUGUUAACUGGAUCCUUACCUUUCCAAGGUGCUAACCGUAAAGAAACAAUGUCACAGAUAUUACGUGCUAAACUUGGUAUGCCACAGUUCUUGUCAAAUGAAGCUCAAGCUCUAUUACGUGUACUUUUCAAAAGAAAUCCUAGUAAUCGUCUAGGAGCUUCUGGUAUUCAGGAACUGAAAGAUCAUCCAUUUUUUGCAUCUAUAAAUUGGGACAACUUAUAUCGUAAAACAAUCCAUCCACCUUUUAAACCAGCUGUCAGUAGGGCUGAUGAUGCAUUUUAUUUUGAUAGUGAAUUUACUUCUAAAACUCCCAAAGAUUCUCCAUGUGUUCCACCAAGUGCUAAUGCCCAUGAACUAUUUCGAGGAUUCAGUUUUGUUGCUCCUUGUUUAAUUGGUGAAGAGGAUGUAGUAAAUCUUCAACAAUCGACAACAAUACCAACUAAAGCAACUGAACCUUAUUCAAAGUUACCUUAUGCUAAAAGAAAUGCUGCUGAUGAAUAUGAUUUUAAACAUGAAAUUGGCCGUGGUAGUUAUUCUUCAUGCAAAUUAUGUGUUCAUAAAACUACUCGUAUUGAGUAUGCAGUUAAGAUAAUUGAUAAAUCAAAAAAAGACUGCCAAGAAGAAGUUGAAAUACUUCUACGCUAUGGACAUCACAAUAAUAUAGUUACAUUAAGAGAUGUUUAUGAAGAUGAUAAGUCUGUGUAUUUAGUAAUGGAAUAUAUGAGAGGUGGUGAGCUUCUUGACAGACUUCAUAAAUUAAAAUAUUUUUCGGAAAGAGAAGCUAGUGCCAUAAUGCAAGUUGUAACUUCAACUUUAUGUUAUUUACAUAAAAGUGGAGUUGUGCAUAGAGAUCUAAAACCAUCAAACAUUCUUUACGCUACUGAAAGUGCAUCACCUGAGGCUUUAAGAAUAUGUGAUUUUGGUUUUGCCAAACAACUGCGUGCUGAUAAUGGGCUUUUGAUGACUCCUUGUUAUACUGCAAAUUUUGUAGCUCCUGAAGUUUUGAAAAGACAAGGUUAUGAUGCUGCUUGUGAUAUCUGGUCAUUGGGUGUACUGUUGUUUACACUACUAGCUGGACAUACUCCAUUUGCUAAUGGACCUGAAGAUACACCAACUGAAAUAUUAAAUCGCAUUGGCAACAGUAAUUUAGAUUUAAAGUCUGGCAACUGGACAGUAGUGUCAGCUGAAGCUAAAGAUUUGGUAAAAAAGUUGUUACAUAUAGAUCCUCAUCAAAGGCCAACAGCUUGUCAAGUCUUAUCAAGUCCAUGGAUAAUGAAUCGAGACAAAUUACCAACGCAUCAGAUACAAUUGCAGGAAUCAUACAAGAUUAAGGGGGCAAUGGAAGCAACUUAUCGAGCAGUUAGUCAGUCACCACCAACCCCUAAUUUAGGACCAGUAGUUUUAAGUCAGCUGGCUCAAAGACGUCACAAGUCACGUACUAAAUGAUACUUUAUAACUACUUAUACAUGAUACUAUAUAUUCCUUUUUAUUCUAUUUCUAUAACUUCUACAUUUAUCUUAUUGUAUACGUUAUAUACUUCAUUUUUAAAUUAGCAUCUUUUAAUGUAUUUUAAUAUCUUUUAAAAUAUCUUUCUGACUUUAUAAUAUUUAAAUUAUUUUAUUAAUUCUCAAAGUUUAGAGAAAACUUGUUUGUUUACCGCGGCACAAAAGGUAUAUAAGCAACAUGAUAACAUUGACAAUAUAAAUGUAAUGGACUUCAAUUAUUAUAUUAUUUGUAUAUACUAAUAGUGACAAAAACCAGACAAGUAUCAAUUAUCAAGUCUGACGUUAUGAUAUUCAUAACAUUUUUUUACAUUUGGUUUAUACAUAUAUGCUUAUAAUAAACAGUAUUAAACAUUCCUAGUAAGUUUGUUGUUAUGUUUAUUAAUUAAAAUUACAAAGUAUACAAGAAUGUAAUUAUAUUUUUUAUGUUUAAAAAUAUACAAAUUUGUUAUAAGUAUUAAAACAUAUUGUUUACUCAGAUUAUCUCUUAUAUUGCAGUUUUUUAUUGGCUUACAACAGUGUAUGGGGCCACUAAUGGCCAAUAUAAUGCAAUAAGGAAAUGUCAUACUGGUACAUUUCAUAGUUUAGUCAAUUUGUAUUAAUUAGUGAUUAGUUUAGGUAAUUUACUAAAAUUACUACAUGUUUAUAUUUCUAUUAAAAUUGUAUUUGUAUUAAUAUUUUUAAAAUCAGUAUUAUCAGAUAAGUUUCUGGUAAAUCAGAUUUAAGAAAUAUAUUAUAUUAUUAUGUA